AGAGGCGGGGUUGAGAGCUCUGAACCGCGGCGGAUUUCCUCCAAGGCAUCGAAAACCGAGUCCGUUUCUUUUAUUGCCGCCGCCGAUUUGACGGAUUUCCCGCCCUCUCACGGUUCACUGUUCUUCAACUCGUCCUCCAUGGCAACGUGGAGCCGUGAAGCUGUGCUAAACCUUUAUCGUGCACUGUUGCGGCAGGGACGUGGCUUGCGCUAUACUGAUCGUGAUUUCUAUCUCAGCUCGAUCCGGAAAGAAUUUCGCAAGAACCAGCAUCUUACUUCCCCAGAAGAUAAAGAGCGACAUCUUAAAAAGGGCCAGGCCUUUUUGCACAGCAAACUUGGAGGGCUUAUUUAGGAAAUUCUUUUUUUUUCUUGUCAUAUAUUUCUUUCCUUUUAUUUUCUUUAAAUUAUUUAGUAUUUUGAACUGGAUGGUCAAUAUCAGAAGUCUGCUGCAAAUCUGUAAAAAAAAACCUCUCCAAAGUAUCCCACAUAUAUCCCUGGGAGCAUUUCUCCCUUUUUGCAGAUGCAUUAAGCCUCAGGAGCAAUGGCAGGCUCUGGAGAGCGCAAAGGAAAGAAGGAUGACAACGGGAUUGGCACGGCUAUUGAUUUUGUGUUGUCCAAUGCUCGACUUGUACUGGGAGUGGGAGGUGCGGCUAUGCUGGGGAUUGCUACCUUGGCUGUCAAACGGAUGUAUGACAGAGCAAUCAGUGCUCCAGCCAGCCCCACCCAUUUAAGCCAGUCAGGAAAAAGAAGCUGGGAGGAACCAAGCUGGCUUGGGUCAUCAUCACGAUUACUGAACCAAGACAUGAAGACAAAUUUUAGCCGUUCUCUGCAGACCCUGCCCACAGAUGCUUCAGAUUUUGAAAUAGAUUCAGUCAAACCUAUGAAGCAUAAAUCACCUGCUAAGAGAAGCCAGGUGGAAUUGAAGAAAUCCCGCCUUCGGAUGUCCUUGCAAGAAAAACUAUUUACUUAUUAUCGGAGAAAGGUGGCUAUCUCUGUAGAAGAACAGAUCAAAGCUAAGCAAGCUGCUGUGGAUAUCUGUGCUGAAUUACGCAGUUUCCUCCGUACCAAAUUGCCAGACAUGCCUCUGCGUGAGAUGUAUCUGAGUGGUAGCCUCUGUGAUGACUUACAGGUUGUGACAGCUGAUCACGUUCAACUUAUUGUUCCUCUUGUGCUAGAACAGAAUUUAUGGUCAUGCAUUCCAGGUGAAGAAACCAUUAUGAACAUCCCUGGCUUCUGCCUAGUACGUCGGGAAAACCCAGAGUAUUUUCCUCGUGGUAGCAGUUAUUGGGACCGCUGUGUAGUGGGAGGUUAUCUUUCCCCCAAAUCUGUAUGUUGUACCUUUGAGAAAGUAGUGUCUGGCUCCAUCAAUUGGCCAGCAAUUGGAUCCCUCCUAGAUUAUGUGAUCCGUCCAGUCGCACCCUUAGAAUCUCUGACUUUGGAGGUCCAGUAUGAACGGGAUCUGCACCUCCUAAUAGACUUUUUACCAUCUGUGACACUAGGUGAUUCUGUAUUGGUAGCCAAGCCACACCGUCUGGCCCAAUAUGAUAAUCUGUGGCGACUCAGCCUUCGGCCAGCAGAGACAGCUCGCCUGCGGGCCUUGGACCAAGAUGAUUCUGGUUGCCGUUCUUUGUGCCUUAAGAUCCUCAAGGCCAUAUGUAAACUGAACCCAGUUCUGCAUCGUCUUUCUGCCAGCCAGCUUACCAAUGUAAUAUUACACCUGACCCAAGAAGAAACUGAUUGGUCACAAGAUGCAAUAGCUGACCGUUUUCUUCAGGCAUUGAGAAAACUAAUUGGCUAUUUGGAAGAAGGAAUUCUUCCGAGUGCUUUAAAUCCCAAGGUGAACUUGUUUUCAGAGCUUACUACUGAGGAAGUAGAUGAAUUAGGCUAUACUCUGUACUGUUCACUUUCAGAACCAGAACUUCUGCUGCAAAUAUAACCGCUGCCUUAAGUAAUACAUUGCUCUCCCGUCUCAACCUUCCUACAUGUGUUGAUGAACACCUAUACAGAUACUAUACGGUUAUAGCCCAUUGUUCAUCACCUUUGCUCCCUUUUUCCUUUUGUCUCUUAGCCUGCUGUUAGUUUAGAGCAGGGAAGGAAAUCAUAUCUGAGGCAAGAAUUAGAAGAAUCCAGUAUCUCUUGCAUUCCAACUAUUUUAAAAAUCACAAAAAUAUUUUUGUUAUAAGGUUGAAUAUAUAUACUGUAUGUAGCUUUAAGCAACUAUCCCUGUGACAGUAAGAUGCCAUUUUGAUUUUUUUUUCACUUUAGUGUCUUUUAACUCUUAUUUCCUACAAAAGCAAUGAUGAAUUGGGUUUUUCCUUUGAAAGAUGUAAAAAGGGAUUUAAGUCAAUUUCAUGAUAAGGCUGAUAACACAACAAAUUGCCACUGCAAUCAGUGCAAAAUCCAAGCUGAAAUAAACAUGCUUGUUGUUUCUUUCUGUUGAGGGCUAUAUGCUUUGCAUACUUGUGUUGGUGUUAGGCAGCUGUAAGAAUUUUCCUGGAAAAUUCAAUUUGAAAACUUAGCAUUUUAAACUUACAAGUAUUCACUUAAAUGGUAUGUGACAACUUCCUACUGGCAGGUUUAGUUUUUAGCUCAAAGUCUG